AUGGCGUCUGAUUUGACUGCCCCAAUUUUGGACGCUCUGUCCGCGUCCGAUGCGCCAAUCCUCUCCAACGAAGCCUUCCCCUCCUUCCCAUCAUUGAACGUUAAAAGUGCGCUGGACCGCCUGGGUUCGCGACAGAUGAUCGAAUAUGAGACUACAGAGAAGGAAGUUAUUCUACUCACCUCCGAAGGUGAUGAGAUCGUGGCCAAUGGCAGUCACGAGGCCAAGGUUUUCGCCGCUGUCGUCGCCGCCUUGGACGGUCUGAAGAUCACCGACUUGCCUGGGAUUGUGGGGAAGGAUAACGCCAAGGUCGGCCAGGGAAAUGCUUUCAAGCGUGGCUGGAUCAAGAAGGAUAAUGAUGUCCUGCGGGCCACCAAGGAUUCGAUUGUCGAUGAGACCCGCGAGCUACUGCUCACUGUUCAGAAGACCAAGAGCCUGGCCGAUGCGAAGGCAUUGACAGACCUCAAGCGAAGGAAGCUGGUCAGCCUUUCCAAGGAGAUCACCUUCAAGAUCACCAAGGGUCCCAAAUAUGCUCGAGAGUUCGUCAAAGAGGAGACUGAUUUGACAGCCGAGAUGCUCGCCAGCGGUGCAUGGAAGACCGUCGAGCUGAAGCCUUACAACUUUAACGCCAAGGGUGCUCCCACUCCUUCUGGUGCACUGCACCCCCUAAACAAGGUUCGCUCGGAGUUCCGCAACAUCUUCUUUGAAAUGGGCUUCGAGGAAAUGCCCACCAACCGCUACGUCGAGACUGGCUUCUGGAACUUCGAUGCGCUCUUCGUGCCCCAGCAACACCCUGCCCGUGACCUUCAAGAUACCUUCUACAUUGCCGACCCCCUCACGGCUGAUCCUCCGCGCGAGGAUCCCGCCAACGACCCCCAUCUCCCCAAGCCAACAGAAAAAGAAAAGUCGCUCGACUACAAGAAAUACUGGGAAAACGUGCACGAUGUCCACGAGAAAGGCAAAUUCGGCUCCAUUGGUUACCGCUAUCCCUGGAGCGCCGACGAGUGCUUGCGUCUGGUUCUCCGCACGCACACCACCUCCGUCUCGGCGUACAUGCUGCACAAGCUCGCUGCCAACCCGCGGCCGGCCCGCUACUUCAGUAUCGAUCGUGUCUUCCGAAACGAGGCCGUCGAUGCCACUCACUUGGCAGAGUUCCAUCAGAUCGAGGGUGUCAUUGCCGACUUCGGCUUGACGCUAGGCGGUCUGAUUGGUUUCAUGGAAGUCUUCUUCCACAAGAUGGGUAUUCACCAGCUCCGUUUUAAGCCCGCUUACAACCCGUACACUGAGCCCAGUAUGGAGAUCUUCGGUUAUCACGAGGGCCUGGGUAAAUGGGUUGAGAUCGGUAACAGUGGUAUGUUCCGGCCUGAGAUGCUGGAAUCCAUGGGUAUCCCCAAGGAUAUGAGAGUUUACGGUUGGGGACUGAGUCUGGAGAGACCUACUAUGAUCAAAUAUGGUGUCAGCAACAUCCGUGAGCUACUCGGCCACAAGGUCGACCUUAACUUCAUCGAGUCCAAUCCUGCUGUGCGUCUGGAGAAAUAA